CCAACUUCCCACUCGAUCACCAAACAAACAAGAAUCCCUUCCUUCGUUUGACGAGCAGCAGCAAUGAAUCGUUCGUACCAGACUGCUUGAUCAAAGCAUCCAUCAGAGAUCCAUGGCGAUGGAGAGGUUCUUCACGACGCUCGUCUUCUGUGAGGCGCCGCUAGACGGCUAUGGCACAUCGGUGCUCACCGCCGGCACGGUCAAAAGGCUGGUCUCUCGUGGCGGCGAUGCGACCGAGCCGGCGGUGGCUAACAAGCCAGACGCUGAGAAGGAGCAGGGUUUCUUCUCUGGCAAGCCCACUUCCGAAAGGCGCGCUGCUUUCGAGCUUGCCUUCGACGGCGUCAAUUGCUUCGACACCAUGGUUAUGCACUAAGCAUGUUAGUUAUCUUGAUUGAAUUUGAGCUGUAUGUAAAAACUCGGAUCAGUUAGAAAUUACUAGAAUGCUUGACGCGGACGUGGACUUGUGAUGUUUUUUUUUGUUCAUUCGAUUGUAUUGUACUGUUCGACUGGUCCAUAAGCAUCAGUACAAAUGAC